UUCCCAUCACAACCAAGAUGGCGGCGGAGCGGUCAGCCGGCUCUGCACGGUGACUGACAGAAGAGCCUUCGCUCGGUUAGAUAGCUAAUGGUUGGACUCCGAGAGGAAAAACAUACAAAUAAUAAUACCCGUGAAGGUCAUACCAUCCCUUUAGGUAUAGAGAGCGUUGGAAUGACACAGCACCAGUAGAGGACACUGGCCGAAGUUGCGUGUGAGGACUAAAUUGACGUACGUAAGCGGGCAGCUGGCGGGGAUGGGAGAUGAUGGAGGACAAAGGCCCUCGCAUAGCCGACUACUUUGUGGUGGCCGGUCUGACAGACUCAUCCAAGCCGUUGGACCAGGAAAUCCACUUUGAUGAUGUCUGCCACAAGACGGCCAAGCCUAAGGUGCCCAUCACUGAUGUGGCCGUGAUAAUCCGCUCGCUGGGUGAGGAGGUGCCGCUGGGGUUCACUUGCAUAGAGACAACACCAACUGGCCAUUCGGCUGAUCUUAACAAUGGUGGUCUGAUGGUGCCCCAGGUGUUCCUGUGCUACAGGCGAGGUUGUGACAAGCCGCCACUCACGGACCUCGGUGUGCUGUAUGAAUGGAAGGAGCGACUGAAGCAUGGAUGUCACCUCAUCCAGACCACACCCUCUGGUCGUCCAGCCAAUAUCAGCGGCAGUUCCUCCCAGCGCAUCUACGUUACAUACCGUUGUGCACCCGAUAGCCAGCCGCACGCUGCCCUGGCUGUCACUGACAUUUGCAUCAUCAUCCCAAGCAAGGGAGAGACACCUCCCCAUACCUUCUGCAAGGUGGACAAGAAUCUGAACAGCAGCAUGUGGGGCUCCUCUGUGUACCUGUGCUAUAAGAAGUCUGUGACCAAAACUAACUUGAUAGCCUACAAAGCAGGUUUAUUUAGCAGAUAUCCAGAGGAGGACUAUGAGUCAUUCCCUCUGCCAGAGUCUGUCCCUCUCUUCUGCCUUCCCAUGGGGGCUGCGCUCGAGUGCUGGCCAGCUAACACUAAAUACUCCCUCCCUGUUUUUUCCACCUUUGUCCUCACUGGAGCCUCUGGAGAGAAGGUCUACGGUGCUGCCAUUCAGUUUUAUGAGCCCUACCCGCAGGAGUGUCUCACCGAUCAGCAGCGCUCCCAGCUGAGUCUCUCAAGCCAAGAUCCACACAAACCCCCCUCCUCCAACAGUACAGCUGCUGCCAUCUACACCAACAAGUGUAUCUGUCUGCUCUCCCACUGGCCCUUCUUUGAUGCUUUCCGCAAGUUCCUCACAUUCCUCUAUCGCUACUCCAUCUCUGGACCUCAUGCCCUGCCCAUCGAGAAGCACAUUUCUCAUUUUAUGCAUGAAGUUCCCUUCCCUUCCUCUCAGAGGCCUCGUAUCCUGGUCCAGCUUUCCCCUCAUGACAGCCUGAUGUUGAGCCAGCCAGUAUCUUCUCCUUUACCUCUCAGUGGUGGUCGAUUUUCCACACUGCUCCAGAACCUCGGACCAGAGAAUGCUGUCACCCUGCUGGUGGUUGCUGUCACUGAACAUAAGAUCCUGGUCCACUCAUUACGUCCAGCCGUACUGACCAGUGUCACUGAAGCUCUGGUGUCUAUGAUUUUCCCGUUCCACUGGUCAUGCCCGUAUAUCCCUCUGUGCCCCCUGGCAUUGGCUGAUGUGUUGAGCGCCCCCUGUCCAUUCAUUGUAGGAGUGGACUCUCGCUACUUUGAUCUAUAUGAUCCCCCACCAGAUGUGAGCUGUGUGGACCUGGACACAAACACCAUCUUCCACCAUGAAGAUAAGCGAGCCCUCACAUGGAAGAUCCUGCCAAAGAAAGCUUGUAAAAACCUAAUGAAUGUGCUGAACAGUCUCUACCAGCAGUUGAUUGACAGUCAGUACAGGCCUGAUGGGCUUCUGGAGCUGAGCAUGAGUGAUUCGUCAGAGCUGAGCUGUGGAAAGAGCCUCCACAUGCUGGAGAUGGAGAUCCAGGAAGCCUUCCUCCGCUUCAUGGCAGCCAUUUUGAAGGGCUACCGUUCAUUCUUACGACCUAUCACCCAGGCACCUUCUGAGAAAGCCACAGACGCUAGCUCACUUUUUGAUUUACAAGGGUUCUUGAAGAGUCGUGACCGCUCACACCAGAAGUUCUACUCACUGAUGACCAAGACCCAGAUGUUCAUCCGGUUUAUCGAGGAGUGUUCUUUUGUCAGCGACAAAGAUGCCAGCCUGGCCUUCUUUGACGACUGUGUGGACAAACUCUACAAUUCAGAGCGGAGUGCAGACAAAGGAAGCAAGGUGGACAGUGACAGACCAGAGGAUAACAGACUGAUAGAGACUGAUGAAUCUCAGCGUAGUGAGCACACAGUCUUCAUCACACCUCCGGAGCUGCCUUCUCUGCCUGAGGGAGAGGAAUAUCCACUCUGCUACAGGUACAGUGGUUUCCCAGUGUUAAGUCUUGACCUGUUUGAUCCUGUGGAGGGCCUGCAGACUCCCUCCUCCCGCCUUGCUGCCAGGCACAGCUGUCCCACCAGCCCUGCCCCCAUGUUUAGGCGCACAAAGCAGGAGAUCAAAUUGGCACAGAAAAUAGCUAAGAAGUACUCUUCUAUCCCUCAGCUGUGGUCCAAGUGCCUGCUCCGUCAUUGUUACGGUCUGUGGUUUAUCUGUUUGCCAGCAUACGUAAAGGUGUGCCACUCUAAGGUGCGGGCACUAUGCACCGCCUACGAUGUCCUCAGGAAGAUGCAGGCAAAGAAACUACAGGCCCCUGAUGAGGUCUGCUACCGGGUGCUGAUGCAGCUCUGUGGACAGUAUGGUCAGCCUGUCCUAGCAGUCAGGGUCCUCUUUGAAAUGAAGAAGGCUGGAGUUCACCCCAAUGCCAUCACAUAUGGCUACUACAACAAGACAGUGUUGGAGAGUACGUGGCCCUCCAGCACAAGAGGAGGAUACUUCUUGUGGAUGAAGCUAAGAAAUGUCAUUCUGAGCGUGGCACAGUUCAAACAGGCACUACGGCGACAUGGUCCACUCGCUCAGAGCCCUCUGUCAGAUGGCAGCGACCUGGAUGCUGUGAGUCAUGGCAGUUUGGAUAGCUCUGCUGACACUAACCUGGCUGAGCAGGGCCCCUACCCCACUGACUCCGUCAAAGUAGACCCCACUGAUGAUAGAUCUAGCACAGUUGGUCGUGGGGGCGGCAGCGUGGGGGCCAGGGCCCUGGCGGCCCACUCACACUGGGGGGGCUCUGAGCUCAGAGAAGCCACCGUCCACCCAGGAGAUCAAUCAGAUUUGGGUUACAACUCACUGUCCAAAGAGGAGGUUCGGAGAGGAGACCCCAGUGCCCAGGACUCUGCCCCUGGCAAAGAUGGCAAGAAGGAGAGCGACUGCAGCUCCUUGUCAGAGACAGAGAGCACAAAGGGAAGUAAAGACUGCCUUCCUCAGCUGGACAUGGAGGCCCCUUCCUCCUCCAAAACUUGUGGAAUAGUUCGCAGCAGCUGUCCAUAUAACAAUUCAUCCUGUAAACCAAAGAGCUCUACAAGCACAGGCCAUGUUGCAGGUCUCCUCUUUACUUCCUCCCUGGAUGAGAUUGGCGAGGUCCAGACCAGCAGUUUGCUCAGGAGACAUAAAAGUGCCCUGGAGGAGGUAGUUGGCAGUACCAGCAGAGGCUUAGCUUUUGAGUGGCAGGGUGGGAGGGGAUGCUGGCUGAGCAGCAACACGGUGGGCAGCAGUGGCAGUGGCACCACUGUCCUUGGCCUGGGUAUGAGUCAGGGUGAAACUGACCCAGAGAAGAUUGCAGGACACCUGGGUGCAGAUGCCAAAAUUCUCUCCAGCGCCAAAUUUAUUAGGAGUAAGAGGCCUAAUUCACUGGUUUUGGGUGGAUUAGACAAGGUGGCUGCUAAGGCAGAUGCUGUCAGAAGUUGUAUUCACAGAGAGGCGGAAGAGGUGAUGGAGGGACAAGACUCCAGUGAUGAGGACAAAAGUAAUAUAGACACCAUUUUUGAUUUGGAGGAUCUGGAUUUGGACAAUCCUACCAAAGGCGCUGGCAUCAGCUUACACAAAACCAAAAAAUCUUACAAGAAACCUGUCGAACGCAGCGUAAGCUACAGUGACAUGAGCAAUACGACGUCCAGAGGAACUGUCAAGCGCACAGGCAUCAAGACAGGCUACGACCCUCUAUCCCUGCUGGCAGCAGAGUCACAGUCUAAGCAACAAAAUGAUGAUCAGUACCUAGAGGGGGAUGACACCAGCACACCAAGCGCCCGUAGGCAUCUGGCCAAGGAGAUUGAGCUCUACAUGAACCACAUGGGCAGCCCACUGAGUAGUCGCACACCUAGUCUGAACCUGCAGGUCCCAGCUGGCCCCCUUCUACUUCACCCCUCUUUGCUCUCUGCUCCCUGCAGAGCCAGCCUGCCCCAUAGCUCCCCCCUCAGGACGGUUGGAGUACCACGCUCUCACACAUACCACCCGCCCUCACCCUCCCAACCGGUCUCACGCCAAUGUCUGUUGUCAUCACCCCCCUCUUGCAGCUCUAGCACCACCCCCAGCCCUGGACCCAGUCCCUGCAGAGAGAGAACAGACAGGAUGAGCCCUGUGUCACCUUCACCCUCCUCUUCUUUCACUCUGGACACUUUGCUCACACCAACACUGGAUGUGUUCAAGACCAGUGUGUUCUCUGCUGGGAAGGGCGUGGCAGAGAAGGACAGUCACAGUAACCGUCUGAGCACAUCCUCCCUUGGUAUUGGAGACCCAGAUUGCUCCUCCUUGCUGGAUGAGGAGGACUGUGGGGAGUUAGAGAGGUCCAUGGUCUCUCCACAGAGGAAUGGCCCUAUUGGCCCCAUGGGACCCUGCAGGAGCCCCAGACACAGCCCCCUCCGCAGCAGACUAGACAGCCCCACUGCAGGCUCCAGCUUUGGGAGAGCCACAUCUCUGCUCCCAGACAAGUCGGACCUUGGCUCUUCAUGCUACACCAGCAACACCAGCAUCUUCAACAACUACGCCAUGGAGUUAUUGAUCUCCAGCUGUUCCCGCUGUAAAACAUGCGACUGCCUAGUGUAUGAUGAGGAGAUCAUGGCCGGGUGGACAGCAGAUGACUCCAACCUGAACACCACCUGCCCCUUCUGUGGAAACCCCUUCCUGCCCUUCCUGAAUGUGGAGAUCAGGGACAUGCGAGGACCCGGCAGGCUUUUCCUGAAGGUUAGUCCAUCAGUGGAUGAGGGAAUGACGUCAUCAUACUCUGCUUCCACUGGUUUGGACACGGGGACGUCCACCUUGUCCACGCCCUGUCCCACAACAGCUGUCUCCCCUCCCUCCCCUGUGAUUGCUGUCCAGGAGUACUCAGGAAGCGGAAGGGCUCAAGGUAUCAACAUCUUCGCAGAGUGCCGGCAGGGAGUGAUUUCCCCUGGAGCGCCCAUGGCCCGCAGUGUCAGCGCCUUCAAUCCCCUGGAUGAACCAUUCGAACCCAGCUGCUGUGUGCCAACAUCAGGCAGCCUGCCCAGCCGUCUCAAUGAAACAACUGACCCACUAAGUAUGGAGUGGCGGCUCCACAACCCAGAGCCGGUGACAGUUCCCUACCUGAGCCCUCUGGUGCUGUGGAAGGAGCUGGAGAGUCUGCUGGAGAAUGAGGGUGACGCAGUUAUCGCAGAGGCCGACAUGGUGGACCAUCAUCCCAUCAUCUACUGGAACCUGGUCUGGUACUUCAGACGGCUGGACCUGCCCAGCAGCCUGCCUGGUCUCAUUCUCACCUCUGAGCACUGUAACAGAGGCUCCCAGAUCCCUCGUGACUGGAUGUCAGAGGACAGUAAACAUGUACUGAUCCAGAUCCUGUGGGACAACCUGAAGCUGCACCAGGACCCAAUCCAGCCCCUCUACAUCCUGUGGAACACGUACAGGCUUAAUUGUACUCUGUUAUUAGAGAAUGUGGGUUACCCUGUGUCCCGGCCGGUCCUGAAGGAGGAGAAGCCGUUCAGUGAGGAGAUACUGCAGAGUGUGGUGAAGAGCAUCCAGAGGAACGAUGUCAGUCGGCCCAUGGCUCAGUUGUUGCAGCUUAUGGGCCAGACCCUCGGGGUCAAAAGGCAAAGGAGUUUGUACAGAGACAUCCUCUUCCUCUCCCUGGUGGCUCUGGGAAAAGAUAACAUCGAUAUUGAUGCCUUUGAUCGUGAAUACAAGUCAGCAUACAACCGCCUCAUGCCGAGCUUGGUGAAGCUGACCCUUAACUGUGACCGUCCUCCCAGCGCGGGGGUCAUGGAGUGUCGCAGGACAUUUGGAGAGCCUUACCUGUAAACACUUACCAUCCACGUCAUUGCUUUAAGACAAGCUCAGGAAACCUGUUGGAAGACUGUGAAUAUGCACCACAGUAGUGUUGUAAGGAACCUCUGCAAGUAAGUGAUCAAAAAGGUAUGGUUGACUGUGGUCAGCGUUAUGUAGCCUGAAACAACAAGAAACACUUUUACAAACUCUCAUCCUCUUGAUGACGGAAGCACCAUUCAUCAGCACCACUUCACCCAGCACUGUUGAGUGACACGCACCUGGUUUCUUUGGAAAUCCUGUGAAAAUUAUAUACUGUCAAUACACAGCAGUAGAAGAUUUUUUUAAAUGUAACAUUUAUAUUGUAUAGUCAUCAGGAUAUGAAGACUAAUAGUAGCAAUAUUUUAACUUGAAGUCUAUUUAUACAAAGUCAGUGUUAUUUAUUGUAGUGUCUUCUUUUUGUUGGGCAUAGUGUUUUAUUGCGUCCUGUGGAUAUUGGGUGGUGUUUCACAGCUUAGUCCAGUACAACCUGAACAUCCACUUGCUGUAAAUAGGGACUGGGUUUCUGUGCUUUGUGAGUGGACAUCAGGAAAACAAAGCAUUUAAAUUAGUGUUGCAAUGAAUAGUGAAUCCACAACUAUUUUGGUAAAUGAUUAAUAAUUAGUUAUUUUUUAAGCAAAAAUGUCAAACAUUCUCUGGUUCCAUGGAUAGUGUUUAAUAGCAUCUGAAUCAAACCCGAAUCCAGUUGUAUGUACAAAUCCUUGAUCCAAUCGGGUUAAUUCAUGUAUUAGUCUAAAAAAAAGUUUACAUUUAAGAAUCUAGCUUCUUCUAACAGCAUUAGCAAUGUAUUGACACUGAGCGAUAGAAACUAUAGGAAUGUACUCUCAAACCUAAACCAUGGACAUUUUGCUGUGUUUAAAGGUUGUGGGGCUUUCACCACAAUUUUAAAACUGCUCUGGGACUUGAUUUAUUUACUUUAUUAACCAUCCUUUCGGUUUUCCUUUUGCUGCACUUGCAGAAGCCCUAGUUACUAAAGGAAAAACAUUACAGAUAAAAUUUUUAUUCUACAUCAUCUUGUGAAUAUCGGUUAAAUGAAUCGGUGAUGUUUUGCAUGCACUUAAAGCUACCUGAAAGUAAACUUGAUGCACUGCUACAUGUCACAGAAUGUGAUGGGUCACAGAAUACGGUGGAACACUAGUGGCCAGAGAACUUGUCAGAAAUAAUAGUUCUUACUUGAACAUGUUGGAAGGCAGAUUAAAAUACAGCAUAAGUUACCUGUGCAUCUUCUCCCACUGUCAAGGUGCACAAACACAGGAAAAUAAACUGGAAAGCAAAAAGUGUGGCAACACUUGCAGUGUUCCCAGCAACUUCAGUGCAAAGAUAAAAGAACAAUGCAUUUGGUCAUAAAGUCUUCAUCAGGGUGGAGGUGCUGAAACCACACCCAAUCUUGGAAAGGUUGUCAGCCCAGUGUUGACAACUUAGCAGAUUUCUUGUUAUAGCGACUUUUGAGACCCCUUUAGCGAUUUCUUUUUUUUCCUCAAAACGGAAACUAGCCACAAAUCUAGCGACUUGCUGGGCAGAAUCUAGCUACUUUCUCCAGGGGAGAGUCAUAAGGACUGCCCAUUAGGGUGCAGUGUUACUUUCCGAAUGCAGUAAUGCCCCUCUCAGCUUCUACUCUGUUCAGUGAGUGAGAAUAAGGGGCGGCACAUUCAGUUGACCAGACUGCUGCCGGCAGAGACCUGAAUGAGCUCUGCCUGUAGGAGAUGGAGCAGUUCUGGCAUCCAGGAAACAUGCAUUUGCUGAAUGAAGUGACAGCUAGCUAGCAAAUUAUAGCUGUAGGAACACAUGAACAAAUCACUCUAGUUUUUAUAAUGUUAUAGUGUUAAGGGAGGGGUCAUGCUAAGUAUGGCUCCAGUGCAUCAUUGACAUCAUUGAGCCAUGCUUUCUGCCCUGCCCAAAAAUUCCUGAACACAGACACGAUAAACAGUUUAAUGGUCUCCAUUAUUCAGUACUAAAUAGCUCACAGUCUUUAUACGUUUUUAGCAACUAUUUUCUAAGAUGUAAAAUAUCUUUAGUAACAAAUAGUUGAUUUUCCUUUGCACAUACUUUAAUCAGUCUGGAUAUUUUACCAACUUGGAGCUGGAUCCAAAAUGGAACUGGCAAUCAGAACCCAUCUGUAUUCAACUGUGAGGAUUAGUAGUUUAAAUGGUUAAACAAUUAACCAGUAAAGAAAACAGCAGACUAAACAGUAAUGAACAUAAAUGCUAGUUGCAGUCCUUUAAAUGCGUAAAACCAAUUUUUAAACUGCCUUUAAUGUUGGUCUAGAAGCCGCAGCUAAACAUGUUGUGGGGCCAGAGUAGUGCUCAAUAUUUAACACUUUAUUUUAAUAUAAAUCUUAAAAGCAGUAUUGUUUUUUCUUUGUUUGUUUACAUUUUUUUAACUUAACAUAUUCCAUCAUCACCAUAAGAACAGUAACUUCUUUCAGUUUUCUUCAGUGGAACUCUCCACUCUUUGUUAAAAAAACAAACGUGUUACCGUUCAUCAUGUUUGUACUAAACAUGCUGUUGGGGUCAAGAAAAACUCCUGUAGUUUACAUUUUAUUUCUAUGGUUUUACCUAAGUUUAGAAAUGAAUUUAAGGUUGUGAGAAAGUUUAUUACUGUAUGAACAGUUUGUCCUAAAUCCACCAAAGCUGCUCCGGGGGAGAAACAAAAGUCACUUUUCUGUCGGUGCUGAUGAACAAAACUUUCAGCUGAUAAAUGUGUUUUGGUGGAAUAUUUGAGUUUACACUUUACAGUUUUUUUUACAAAAGCUUGUUGCAUUUUGUUACUUAAACUGUAGCCCCUUCAGGCUAUAGUUUGUGUUGAGCUUACCUGCAGUUUACGGUGUUACAUGAUCACUUAAGCCCGAUUGUCUUGAGAAGCUGUGUUGUAAUCUACACAUGUGGUUUAAUUUGAACCUGGUCACUGUGCCCUGUGCAUCAUCUAAACUCCUGCAAAGCAAACAAAUGUUACAAAGUGCUUACAGAAUUAAAAAAAGAAACUAAUACAGAUCAAAAUAGCCUCUUUCAGCACCAUUGUCGAACACCUUAGAAAAUAAAUAGGUGUCAGUUUCUAGAAGUUUAACUUACCUGCUACAGACCUGGUUUAACUGAAGAUCAGCAUCAAACCGUUCACUAUAAAGACAGAUCUACUGGGGCAUCUUAUUCACUUCUAAAAUGUCUUGUACUGAUUAGACUUUGUUGAAGGAAACGGUGUAAUCAAACGUCAGUCUGAUAUAAACAUAUGUAAUGGUUUCACCUCUCAUUUUAUCAGAAACAUGGUUACUGAUGAUUGGACAACAACCACUUUUGAAUUAAUGCACCCCCACAGUGGCUGAGAGGAGGAUGUGGUCACUAAUUCUUACUUUGCAGAAACAAUCAUAUACUGCAUGUAUAUGAUUAAAAUAUGCACAAUUGAUUUAAAAACAGUAUCCCUACCAGUGUGCAACAUGAGGUUCUGACACACACAUGGAAUAUUAUAUUCUGUGCACACACACCUGUUUUGGCAACUCAGUUUAGCUGAACCUUGCUCAUUUUGACACAGCAAUGAGGUCCAGUUUAACAUACACAUGCAUUUUAAACCCUUCAAAGUUCUGACUUACUUCUAAACUACAGGUAAACUAAGCGACAGUACAACACAACUAAACUGUCCAAACAUAAGACAAACACAUGUAUCCAGAUGACCCAAAUCACUAAGCACACCUGAUUUGUUGCUAACUAUUCCUCAUUGCACAGCCAAGUGUUCUCACACUUGAGCUCUGAGAAAAAACCUUUACCCACUUAUUAAGACAUACUGUAUGUGUGCAUAGGUUUUCUUUCGUUAAACCACCCUGCUGCUGUUCUACAACCACAGAUUUGAAUGUUUACAAAGCCACAUUAAGUCUGUGAUGGAACUGAACUGACUUAUCUCAGAAGCUUUCUAUGAGUUCUGAAUUAUUUUUGUGUCCUGCCACCGUUUGGGGCUCCUGUGAUUUUUCUACAUUAGAGUUAAGCUUCUUAGAGGUGAUUUGUUAGUGCCUUGUUUUUACUGUCAAACAUCUGUGAAUACAUAUUUGGAAGUUUGGUUCAAAGCCCAUAGUGCAGCGGGCAUGUGACAGCUUUCUUAAAAUGUUUUCAAUAUCCCCAAGGUAACAUUCAGUUACUCAUUUCAGUCAGAUGUAUAAAAGUCACACACCAGCUUCAUCUCCAACCAUGUCACAUUAAAGCCAAAAAGAGAUUCUCACUUCAGUGCCCACUGGAAACACUAAUGAUGCAGUGAUAAAUUUAAGCAUAGCUUUUUCUUCUUAAAGUGCCCAUGGCAUGCUCAUUUCCAGCCAUUUAAUGUUUAAUCUUGGGCACCUCUAGAUUAGCUUUGCACCCAUCGUAACACCAAAUAGUCUGUAAUUAUUUCAAAUGAUAAAACCCAAGAGCCUACGCCUGUAGAGAGCACAGUUCAUGAACGCACACAACUCCUGCUGCCAGUGUUGUGUCAAAAUCUGUUUCCCCUAACCUGAAUCCUAACACAACCAGUGAGGGGGCUGCUACAUGAAAUGGGUUUUGAGCAGGGAAACAUAUCUUGAUGGGGGGAACACUCUUCCACACAAAACUGGUUAGGAAGCCAGGACAAUGCAUCAACAAAAAAAUAGCAAAUUAGCUAUGCUUUCGACACUGACAAUACCUCAAAUUCUACCUGCAUUUUACAGGGUGAAAGAGCAUCACCCAAGGGUGACUGUAGCAUUCUCAUUGCACUUUUUCAUCAAAGUAACUUUGGUAAUUAGAUUUUCAUGUAUUUGGAUUCAAUUUCACAGGUAGAUUCUUAGACAAAUUAUAAAUUAAUUCUGGAGGCUAUGCUUGGUGAUGGUUAAGGGAAGUACAGGGUAUACUACUUGUUAGGGUCUAAUAGUGGAAACGCAGCAUCUCAGGCAAACCCAGAAGCUAGAGUUAAAAUCCAGUUCUAUGAUUAUAAGGCUUCAACACAUGAUACUGGUAAUGAGGUAUUCUCACGCAUCACAGAAUUGGCAAAGCCAUAUCAGUGCUCAGAUUCUUGUCCAAACUGUCUUUUCUCUGGAUAACAUUUAAAAACAAUAUUGGCACUGAAAACUCUGAGGGAGAGAUGAUGUGCAUUGAGCUGUCUGAAACAAAACUUCUCAUAACCUUUACCUCAGUUUCAGUUUGUGCUUUUUUUUUUAAUUACAAAAUGUAAACCUAGUCAGUAUAUGCUCUGUACUUUACAGACACCUUCUGAUCGGAUGGUUUGAUGCAGUAGUCACUCUGACGAUCUAGCAUUUCAUAUAAGGUCAGGAUUGUGCUGUCUGUGGUCACCACCAGUGACACAGUAGAUGUGUCUCUGAAAAUCUUGGACCACUGUUUUGAACUGACUAUCAAAGAUUUUGCUGCACAUCUUUCACAAUUGUCAACUUUUGUCUCAGACUGCCCCAAGUCACAUUAUAAAUGGGCCUUACACAGUCAUUGUUGUCACAAAGUCUAAAAGCGCCUUAACGGGAUGGACGUUGGUUCUAAGCAUGCAAUGGAUAAAUAGUUUUAUUUGACAUGUACUUCAAGGCUGUGAUGUGUUUGUGUGGAGGUAUGGAAAGUGAAUCAGGACUUUAAAAAUGCAAAGCAAAGGCACAUGGGGUGUACAGAUUUGUUAGGUGUAUAACUUGAUAUUGCACAUCUGGUUCUGCAUUUUAAAGCUGCGAUUUUAUUUCCAUUAAAGAGAAAGUGAAACAUUCAUCAUGGGUUAUUUAAGUUUUGAAGACUGUGAGAUUCUGUUAGAGAGGAAAAAAAGCAUAGAACUGGAUAAGAACUAGUUGGUGUCACAAAAUGUGUAUGUUAAACACUGACUGGCACAAUGGUUAAUGGAGAUCCUUAAGUUUAAACUACUGAAGGUCUGAGUCAACCAUGUGGGAAGUCUGGGUAGAAGGAAAAGUCAGCAAAUUGUACUUUGCCCCUCAAAAGUGAACAGACUCCUUUUAGCCUGAGAAUCAUCAAAAUGCUGGGUCCCAGAGAGGACACAUCAACUGCAAAGUUGUAGAAUUUUGUGUUGAAAAAAUGUACAAAUGAAUGAUUUUACUGAAUCUGGGCAGUGUAAAUUUUAAACCACCCUUUGUAGAAAUCACAUUUUAUAACAGGUACCUUUAGAUGUGAUUAAGAUUCUGUCUAGUGACAAAAGCUACAGGACUGUUUAGCUGUAAAUAAAGUCACUCACACUCUC